AUGGCGGACGAACAAUGCGCCAACCCUCAACUCCUUGGUUGGGUUAAAGAAUGGCUGGAUGUUGCGAGGGAACGCAACACGCAAGGCAUAACGACGUACCGUAACGCCUAUGAAUCUCUCAAAGCUUGUCCCUUGACCUUUGAGCACCCCGCCGAACUGCAACAGCUAAAAGGAUUCGGCCCCAAGCUUUGCCAACGUCUUACCGGCCAGCUUGAGAAGUAUUGUCGCGAAAAUAACGUUCCAAUGCCUCAACAUCCCCAGCUGAGGAAGGCUGCAGAGCGAGCGGGAAGAGAAGAGCCGGAAAAUGCUGACAAUGGCCCGGCGCCCAAGAAGCGCAAGGCUAGGCAACCCAAGGCCUACGCUCCAAGUUUUCGAUCCGGCGCGUAUGCCCUACUGGUUGGAUUAUCUAGCAUAACCGAAGGUAACUCGACGGGCAUCACCAAGGCCGACCUGAUCGAGCUGGCACAGCCGCAUUGCGAUUCUUCCUUCACAGCCCCCAGCGAUCCCACAAAAUUCUACACGGCUUGGAAUUCUAUGAAGACGCUGAUUCAAAAGGAGCUUGUUUACGAGAGAGGAAGACCGUUGCGGCGGUACGUAUUGACCGACGAGGGGUGGGAAGUCGCCAAGAGAAUUAAGCAAACCCCAGAAUGGGGUGCCGACAAGAACUCCAGUCUCCAAGCAGAUCCGCCUUGUCCGUACAAGCAACAGGUAACACCUGACCAGGCCAUUGACAGCCAAACCCGAGCCCAAUCUCCCGAGGUGGUACUUCUCGAUGACGAUAUUGCGGAACCAACCGUGCGCCAUCCGGCACCUGAUGGAGGAGUAACGGGCCACGACACUUUACCCAGUUUCGAACCCAUCAGAUUACCACCGGGGUCAUUUUGUGUUCGUCUCGUUCUCGAUGUACGUGAGGUUCGGGCGAAGACGGAUCGCGACUACAUGCAAGAAGAACUUGCGAAGCAGGGUGCCACACCCAUCAUGAGAAGUCUCGAAGUUGGCGAUGCUCAGUGGAUCGCCAAGUGUCACGAUGCCACGCUGUUGCAUAGACUUGGUGCUGAGGGCGAUGAAGUAGUCUUGGAUUGGAUAGUUGAACGCAAACGACUGGAUGAUCUGAUAGGAAGUAUCAAGGACGGACGUUUCCACGAACAGAAACAUCGACUCAAGCGCUCUGGUGUGAGAAGGGUGGUUUACUUGAUCGAGGAUAUCUCCAUGGAUGCCACAAUGUGGCAGAGACAUGAAGAGUCGGUUCACUCAGCCAUUGCGUCUACCCAAGUUGUCAAUGCGUACUUUGUGAAGAGAACAAGCAAGAUGGAUGAGACUGUCAAGUACCUGGCGCGGCUGACGGCAAAGCUCAAGAGCAGGUACGAGAAGCAAACACUGAAUGUCAUACCUUCCAAAAUCAUCACGGCAGGCAACUACCUACCGCUUCUGAAGCACCUGGCCGAGUCACAGCCCUCCGUGGGUUUCUUUGUCACCUAUCCGGUGUUUUCCUCGCUGGCGUCCAAAUCAGAAAUGAUGACGCUGCGCGAUGUGUUUCUCAAGAUGUUGAUGACGACACGAGGUGUCACUGGGGAACGAGCGCUAGAGAUACAGAAACGGUGGUCGACGCCGUACGAGUUCGUCAAGGCGUUUGAAGCUUGUGGCUCAGGAGAACAAGGCAGGAAGAGGAAGCGGGAUCUUGUGUCAACCCAACUAGCGCAUCUGGUCGGAAGAAAAAAGAUUGGCAAGGCACUAAGUCACAGGAUUGCCGAAAUCUGGGGCGACGCAUAA